UACUCGAACUGGGAACUCAAAAGUACAAGAUAGGUAUGCAUCAUGACCAGGAAAACUAAUAUGGAAACAUCGCAGCCGACAGUAGAUGGGGGUCGAAGCCACAAUGAAAGUACCCUCAUGAAUGCCCAUCAUGCAUCCAGACUCAACACGGAUUUGUCCCGAUGAUUUAACCUGCCUUGACGAAAUCAUUGAAUGUCAGGCUUCCGAUCAUCCUGCCAGCCAUGUCGGCGGUAGCUCGCCCUCCUCGUCUCCGAGCGCACAAGGUUCAUCAGGAGGCCGCCAAAAGAAGUGGUACACUUGGAGAGGGGAGGAGAUUGGGAAAGCCUCAAGGCGUUACCCAUUCUGGCUGGAAGGUUUCAGACUCCAAAAAAUACAAAGCCAAAGGAAGGAGAGAAUGUACAGAGUCCUCCGUAGACAAGUCUGUACGGACUACGGAGUGCCGUCACAGUGGCAGGAUUGUGCUUGGAUCCUGGAUUUUUCUUUUUCUUUUUGUUUCUUUGCUUCAAAGAUUUUCCCUCCUUGCAAACUUUUCUUUUUUGAUUGUCCCAAUAAUUUCAAAGGGCGGGGGUUGAACUUGUCGCUAGCCGCUGUUGGAUAGCCAAAGCGAAUGAGAGGUCGUAUCGAGGUGCCGUCUUUGAGUGCAUAGAAUAGGUAUACCUAGAUCGACUCCAUCGGUAUUUAAUUGAACAGUCAGAAAUCAAUAUACCUGGACUAUCAGAUUUGGAUAUCCCCUGAACUUAGUUGGCCGAUUACAGCUGCAGGAUGGUCGUUCCAUGGAGGAGACUAUGAAGGACCACACCAGCGGCCAGAAUGACCAGGACACCUCCGUUCAGCUCUCGGAUUGAUGUCAAGAAAGGGAAAGGUCGCUAGCGGAUAUUGGUACUUGCGGUCG